AUAAGCAUUUGCCAGUUUCUGGAUCUGAGUAUCAUUCAAGUGGAAAAAAGGAUUUUGCAUGUGUGUCUGAUUAUUGGGACAGAGUUGAAAAGCUUCUGCAUAUAUAAGAGAAAAUUAGUCAAGAAUGGAGCAUUCAGAAAAAUAUAUGUUCAAAUAUAAAGGGAUUUAUUUUUACACUGAUUAUGUUACACCUGAAUCAAUUGAUUCACUGGAGGAGUUUGAAAUCCGAGACAGUGAUGUAUUCCUAAUUACGUAUCCCAAAUCAGGAACUGUGUGGACACAGAAUAUUUUGAGCUUAAUUUUUCAUGAAGGCCAUCGGGAUGAAACAGAAGACAUUCACGUAAUAGAUCGAGUCCCAUGGCUGGAGUACAAUUUGAACAAAUUGGAUUAUGCCAACCGUCCUUCACCUCGUCUCUUUACCACCCACCUGCCUUACUAUUUAGUUCCAAGAGGUCUGAAGAACAAAAGAGUAAAAGUUAUUUAUGUUGCCAGGAACCCAAAGGAUGUGCUGGUGUCCUAUUUUCAUUUUUCCAAGACUGUCAUCACCCCUGACAAUCCCCCAGAUUUCAGUAUUUUCAUGGAGAGGUUUUUAGCUGGGGAAGUGCUUAGUAGCUCAUGGCUGGAUCAUGUCAGAGGCUGGUAUGACCACAGGGAUGAUUUCAAUAUCCUCUUCCUGACUUAUGAAGAGAUGAAAAAGGAUCUCAGAGGUGCCGUGUUGAGAAUCUGCAACUUCUUGGGCAAGGAGUUGAGUGAAGAUGACCUGGACCCUGUGGUGAAGAAAGCUACAUUUGAAAAUAUGAAGAAGGAUCCCAGGGCCAACUAUGAGACCCGGCCAGGUGUUCCGCUGGAGGAAAAGAAGUGUUUUCUUCGCAAAGGUACUGUUGGAGACUGGAAAAACACAAUGACAGUGGCACAGAACGAGAGGUUUGAAGAGGUUUUAAAGGAGAAAAUGAAAGACCUGCCUUUCAACUACAUCUGGGAUAAUGAAGAAGCAAUCUAAUCUGAUAUACCAUAUGCAAGGAGAGAAGUGAGCCAAGGAGAAUAACAAUAUUUUUGUUUCCUAUAUAAAAUGCUUAAAUUACAGUGGUUUUGUACAAAUUAAAGAUACAGAUCCUAUUGACACUUAUAACCAUGGUAUCAGAGUUCUAGGAUGUCAAAAGAUGUUACGCAAAAACAGAUGCACAAAAACAGAUUUCUUACAAUUUAUUUAGCACCUGGCCUCUCCCCCACUUUUUUUUUUUUGCGCGGGGAGGAAGAGGGCAGGUAGAAAUGAAUUGUAAGAAAUAUGUUUCUAGAAUCAUAGUCAAAGUCUAUUCUUAUGUAAACUUGCUUAAUCUUGCAAAGCCAGUGGAAUUUGAAUGCCAUUUCUUUCCCUGUUGAACAUGUAUCAAACUUGUCUUGUGAUACCAAAAGCCUAUAUUAAAAUGCCAAUCUUCUGUA